CACAGAUCGCAGUUGGCCUCGCAGUAGCCAUCAUGGACCGCACCUCCUCCACCGUUGCCGUAGCGUUGAUCGUAGUGACGCUGCUGUGCUCAGCAGGCCACGACUGGAUGGCCCUGGCGGCGGCUCCACCCAGCGACCAUGCUGCUCCAUCGGAUCGUGCCGUCGUGGGCUUCUUGGAUGGUGCCGGCAAGUCGGAAGCGCGUGGCGAUUGGUACAAUGAAAUUGGAUUUCCACAGCAGUUCUUUGGGAGUCAAUACGCCAUUUUCAAAGUGUGGCUGUUUUACAUGCUAGCGUUUUUCAAAAUUGUUCUUUUAUUGGGCAUUUGGACGCCGGGGAAGAAGGAAGAAGAUGAGCUGCCGACGUUGUACAGUACCAAUUAUGGAUAUGGCAACCAGUAUUACUCGUACCCACCAUCAUGGCCAACUUAUGGAUAAAUUUGUGAAGCAUAAAGUAAUUCUUUGCUGUGAUAUUAUUAAUAAAAUUCAAACUAAAACAUUGUCCAUGUAUUUAUACAGUAGCUUUGAAAACAAUAAAUGAUUUAAAAAGAUUUUAUUUGCCGACUACACUUCAUCAAUAAAAAGAAAUGUAUUUUUGUUCUUCAAUUUUCAUGUCUAGUCCCAAUCUAUGGUCAUCACCAUAGUUU